AUGAAAACAAUUCUACUCAUUUUCGUGACCCUUUUUGCUCUGGCCUUUGCAUCACCUGUGACACCUGUAAAACCUCCGUCAAUUAUCGAAUCACUCUCUCAUUUGUUAUACAUUCAUUUAAAUCCGACUUUUCAAGGCACACUUCAGCAGUUAAUUCAACUCGUUUUUCAAUUCGGUGAACGACUUUUUCAACCAGUUGACCAAAGACCAACUCGUUCGAACGGACCCGUUCCCGCACAAUGGGUUUCGCAAUUAUUCGGCGAAGUUAACAGCAUAGCCACUCAAUGGAAUAAUCAGGUUACUCAAUUCUUUACCAAUAUUCCUACUAUUUUCGAAAAGCAUAGUCGCAGUUUCUUCAGUCUUUCAACAAUCACACACACGCUCUACGAUGCCGUAGAAAUUCUUAUCAAUGAAUUAAAAGAAUUCUUUGUCAAUCGAAUUCGACAAGUCAUGCUUUCAAUGAUGGAUAAACAGGGUGUGAAACAACAAAAAGGUGGUCGUGCAUCAGGUGAAUUCAGUUUCGAGAUUUUCUUCAACGUCUUUCAACAACAAGUAUCCACUAUUUUCGAACAAGCCAAAGGACAAUUGAUUGCAAAUAUUGACAACGCAAUUCAUUUUGUUGAGACAUACUGGCAUGAUUUGAAAGAUGGCAUACUUGAUCACAUCUUUUAA